AUGACCGAUGAGCACACAUAUCUGCAUAUCAAGUCGCUGGCGUCUGCGGCGACUUGGGUCUCUGAAGUUGAUUCAGGGAAGGUUACUCUGAAUAUUCAGGACAUUGAGGAUAUCCCUGAUGACACCCCGUCACCUGAAGGACUGUCUACAAUUCCACCAUUCUCAGGCUCUAUGGAGCAGCCGGCUCCCGCGGUGGAAGGCUUUCACCAACAAGAGUGUGACCAUGAUCAAAAGGCCGGGCCUGCUGGCCUCUUCCUCACCUCCCUUCUGGCACGCAACGGCCUCACCGAAAAAUCCUCUCUCUUAUGCAUCGACCCCCGGUUACAUGUACGACCCGCGGGACACGCAGAUGGACUUCAUGCUCGCUCUUUGGAGGUGUUCAAAGUCCUGGGUCUUUACGAAGAGCUCAUGAAAGUAUCUACUGAGGUUGGCGAGAGAGCCCGUUGGGCAGAGGUUCCUCCCUCCUCCUGCCAGGAAUCCGAAUCUCCUUCCGCGCCCGCUUCCGAACCCGCCAGGAUGGAACGUGUUAUGCGGCAAAAGCUCGCCACUGCACCUAACGCGCGGAUGAAGCAGCUCAUAAGUAUUCCUCAGGGUCAGAUUGAGCGGAUCCUGGAGGAAGACCUCAAAAGGAACGCUCCGGAAGCACUUUGGCGUGGGCCCCAUGUUAUCGAAUCGCGUAUAGAUGAGACGGUUCCAAGUCACCCGGUGCUGGUCACUAUCCGAGACAGUUCAGGAACCAAAACAACCACCAGAGAGAUCAGGUGCAAAUAUCUUGUCGGUGCAGACGGCGCCCACUCCACGAUCCGGAAAAACUUCGAUAUCCUCAUGGAAGGUGACUCCACUGAUCAUGUCUGGGGCGUCAUUGACUUUGUCGCCGACACGAAUUUUCCUGACAUUAGGAGGCUCACGACAGUGCAGAAUAGCUCUGGUAUGGCGAUGAUUAUUCCACGAGAGAAGAAUGCUGAUGGCGAAUGGCUUACCCGAUUCUACGUGGAUAUGAAUGACAUUGAGUUGAAAAGCCAACAAUCAACAAAUAUGACCCAUGUAACAGGCCAUCCAGAAGCUACAAGCAUUCUCAUUGUCAACCAGAAUAGAAAGUCAAACAUCAAGGAUGAUUGUAUUUAUCAACGCCUAGCAGAAAUCUUUGCUCCUUUCCAAAUGACGCUCAAAAAAGGCACGGAGACCGACUGGUCCACUGCGUACGCAAUUGGGCAACGUGUCGCGUCUGAUUUCGCAAAGACGGACUCCAAUGGUGUUCCUAGAGUGUUCUUAGUAGGAGAUGCAUGCCACACACACAGCCCCAAACUCGGCCAGGGCAUGAAUGUCAGCAUGGCGGACUCAUUCAAUUUGGCCUGGAAGCUCCAGCAUGCCGUAUGUGGAACUGCUGCCGACUCUACCAGCUUGCUCCAAAGCUAUGUCUCAGAGCGUCGGCGCAUCGCUCAGCAACUGAUUGAGCUUGAUCGUCGGUGGUACAACAUACAAUGGGCGGAUAGCGAGAGAAUGAAGCAACCCGGCUACCUAGAAGAAUGCACCAAGCUUUACCAGGAGAUCUCGGGGUUCACUAGCGGCUGUGGAAUUGAGUAUGCCGAGUCUGUCGUGGUGGUCAACCCAGCGCAGACUUCCGCUGACAACACAUCAAAAUUCAUCUUUGGCACGGUCGAAAACGACGGGGGGUUCAUCCCAACAGCGCCAGGCAAGCGGCUCUUAAACACCCGCAUGCUGCGUCUUGCAGAUGGUUGUCAAUGGGACAUUCAUGACAGCUUGGCUCCCGAUGCUGGUAGCUUUAAGGCGGUCAUAUUUUGCGGGCGCGAUAUUCUUAGCCCGGUUAGUGACUCUGCCAAUGCUAUUCAAAUUGUUCUCGAACAACUCAUUCCCCAAUUCUCCAUCACCCUGCUCAACGCCUCUGUGGUCACGCCUGGGAUGGUUUACGCGCCUACUGGACCGUCAGAGCGGCUCUUCGCAAUCUCGGAAUAUGAUCUGUGGGAGCUGCUUCCCAAUUGUACGAAGCGUGAUGCUGAGAUGACUACCUACGCUCUUUCCGAUACCGGGUAUAACACUUACGGCAUCGAUCCCAAUAUGGGAGCUGUGGCUGUUGUCCGACCGGAUGGAAUUGUCGGAUCUGUCAUGCCUCUGGAUCCUCAGGUCAUUGAGGCUCAACUGAAAGACUUCCUUGGGGCCAUAUUUGUUGCAAAAUAA